AUGGUUAAAGUCCAUGCCCAUUACGACGACUUCGCUGCGGUGUCACAGCCUUUCAGGGCAGAUGCUGAGAUUGAAGAUGUGGAGAUUGAAGGAGAAAUUCCCAAGGAACUGGAUGGGACCUUCUAUCGGGUUUUGAUGGAUCCUUAUUAUGAUCGAGACUAUUACCUUAGUGGUGAGAAGUCAACUCCGUUCGACGGCGACGGAAGCAUCAGCGCAUUUCGGGUAAAGGACGGCAAGGUGCCAUUCCAGCAGCGAUAUGUGAUGACAGAGCGUCUGGUCGCGGAAAGAAAGGCCGGUGCUUCUCUGUUUAGCAUGCUCAGAAGCCCUUUCUCGCACCACCCCUGUGUCCGCGCAGUGGCUGAUACACCAGCCAACACGAACGUAAUUUUGCAUGCCGGAAAACUUCUGGCACUAUGUGAACAUGGGCCAGGAUAUGAGUUGGAUCCUCACAGCCUCCGUACGAUUGGCCACGACAUUUUUCCUGGGCAGAUCCAUCCAAACCUACCUUUUACUGCCCAUCCCCAUGUUGAUCCGGACACUGGUGAUCUUAUUGCCUUCGGCUAUGGGAUGAGAGGUUUAGGCACUCCGCAAAUUACGGUUUAUUCGAUUGAUCAGAAUGGAAAAUUGAACUUCCAACGCGACUUUAAAUUUCACGAGGAGAAUGGAGGCAUUAUUCAUGAUUGUGCUAUUACAAAAAACUACAUUAUUCUCAUGAGAAUGCCUUAUAUUGUGGAUCUAAAGGAUAUCGAGAAAAAAGGGAACCAUCAAUGGUACUAUAAUGAAAACUGCCCGGCAUGGUUUGGAGUAAUCCCACGUAAUGGACACGGAGAAGUACGCUGGUUCAAAUAUCGAAAUUGCAUGGCCAUCCAUACUGGUGCUUCUUGGGAGGAGAAUGGAAAGAUUUAUUUUGAUGCAUCUGUUGCAUCUCACAAUGCCUUUUCAUUUCUCCCAUGUAGGAAUGGUCCCAAUUCGCCCCCAGAGGAGGUCACAGUUACCUAUGUGAAAUGGUGUAUUGACCCUAAUAGUGCGUCAAAUGUAUUGUCUGAUCCAGAGGUUCUAGUAAACAUUCCUUGUGAAUUUCCCCGUGUCGAUGAGAGAUUCCUCACCAAAAAGUCUCGGAUCACCUUCCUGGAUUGUUUCAAACCCGACGCCGGGAAAUCGGCUCAACUAUAUCAAGGCCUUAAUGCAUUAGCACGUGUUGACUAUGAAACUCAUGUGGUGGAGUUCUUCGUUCCCGGACCAGAUUGUCUUGUCCAGGAACCAGCAUUCAGCCCUCGCUCCCCAGACGCAGAAGAGGGAGACGGAUUUCUUAUUACCAUGGUAGACAAUAUGGCGCUUCACCGGAAUGAAGUGAUUAUUCAAGAUACACGAGAUUUCCAGAAAGUGGUGGCUAAGAUCAUCCUGCCGUUCCGUUUGUCUCUGCAUAACAUAAACUUCAUUCCCAUGGCAUCCUAA